GUAACAUUCCCCUAAAAGUGGGACAAGUCUAGCGUCACCUGUACCAAUCGAGGGAAAAUUAGUAGUGUUUGAUUACAUAUUUUGUUGCUCCAAACAUGAUAUCUGACAAGUGAAAGCCAGAUUUCUUUGUUACUGCGUGUUUAUAUCACAUUUAUAUCGGAACGCGCGUUUCAAUCUCAAUUAUCAUGGUGCGUGAUUGUACUUACAUUUUUCCAUGAAACACACACCGAUUUGCCAUACGACAAUGAUGCAGCUGCACUGCAAAAUUUGGAACACCUUAUGACUGAAUUCUUCUCGUCAGAAACGAACAAUGAACGAAAACGUACGAUCGAAAGGAAUUUUCAAGAGUUUGCUGGGCAAAUUAACUCCUGGAGGCCUUGUUUACAUUUUUUAUCCUCUACCAAUAAUCAUUAUGUCAGUAUGUUUGCUUUGUCCACUUUGGAGACAACAAUUGGAAGACGGUGGCCGAUUCUUCCAUGGGAAGACAGAGCUCUCACGAGAUCCACUUUGUACACAUUAUCAUUAGAAAGAGGUGUGGCUCCUUUCGUAAGAAAUAAAGUAGUGAAAUUAGUUGUAGACAUCGCAAGACAUGACUGGCCACAUUUUUAUCCAGACUUUUACUCGAAUAUCUUGCAGUUGUUAGGUCACAAACAUACGAGACUAUUGGGACUUAUUUACUUGAGAACAGCUUCGGAGGAACUAGCUACACCAAGGGAAGAUUUGCCUAUACAGAGAAAGAACGAAUUGUUUAGAUUUCUCUGUGCUCAAGUACCUUUGACUUUGGAUACCCUCACAAUACUUCUGAAAGAAACAACAAAGUUGCAAAGCCGCUCUGGAACCGUUACACCACCUCCUUCACCCACCAGUGGCCAGACCAUGGCACCUGUAAGGGCUAUUUUAGAUGUUGAAGGACUUGCCACAGGAACCAGCGAUGUUUGUAUAGCUACGUUAGAUGUAUUGGCUCACAUGUUCGGUUGGAUCGAAUUAUCAGAACAUAUUUCAACAAACCUGCUGGAUGCUAUUUUUACUUGUGCUAGGUAUCAUGAAGCAAUGAAUGGUAAACAGAUAGAGUUGGCUGUGCAGGCUGUAACCACGAUAAAUGAGCUUUUAUAUCGACCAUUGUAUUCUCCAGAUGUGACCGAUAGAUUAUUAGUAGAAAUAUUUCAAAAUGGAGUCACAUUAUUUCAGUAUAUGGAACGCUUGGAUUCCAUAGAUGAAAGUUAUAUGGAAAAACUCACGGAAUACUUGCAGUUAUUCGUGACGAAUCAUCUGAAAAGAGUUGAAUCGUGCCCCAAGUUUCCGGUAAACACUUUAUUAGAGGUCUUAUGCCAUCACACAUUCCAACAGUGCUCAACAGUAAAUGGAUAUCUAAGAUGUUUAGACGUUUGGACCACUCUUUUAGAAAGUACACAGUCUCGAUAUGCACCAGUAGCAUUAGCUCUUGCUGAGCGCGUGCUGCAAAAGAUGAGUUUUAAACUCAAUUCGCGCAUAUUAAAAGAUCUGGAUACUGAGGGUCUAGAUGAAAAUGAUGAAACUGAGUGGCAACAUUUUUUAAGAUGCAACGUGGAAUGCCUAGCAAAAGUUGCAGAAAUUUGUCCAAUUCCAGUAUUCACGCUACUGUACCGUUCGUGGAGAGAGGGUUUAAUAAUAUUCGGAGAACUAGGUGCCGCCAUAGCCAGCAACCAAGUUAUUUUAUUAAACGAAUCUGAAGCUUCUAAUGUACACGCACAUCUGCGUGACUUAGCGUCCACUACUCAAGCGUUAGCCAGACUCUAUUCACUCUUUCUGGGAGAUGAGCACAGCAUUGAUCAGUCAUUAGCGGAAGAAGUAGUAUCGCAAACAUUGGAUGCCUGUAAAUUUGCUAAAGCUAAUCAAUUGUAUAAAGCAUCGUUGCAACCGGCUAUUAUCGUGAUAGACCUUAUAGAAGUGCAUUCCCAGUUAUUAGCAUCCCUUCAAGCCUGGUGCCAUUGGAUAGUGAACAGACCAGAAAAGACUAAGGAGUCAUUAUGCCAAAGUUGCAUUGAUUCCUGUACCCUAGCGUUAGAUUAUACGACCUUCUGUGAUAAUCCACCACCGGCGAGUCUAACUCAUGCUGCCACACACCUUUUCCAAAGCGUCACUGCAAUUUUAAAACCAGUCUUGUGGGACGAGCCUGUAUUUAGAAAUUUAAUUACCAUGGUAACAUAUCCGUUCUUGAAACCUGAUACGAUAAAGGUAUUACGGAGGGCGCUGGUAAAUGCAAUUGUUCUACCGCACGGCGAUGGAAGUAUCAGAGAAAGAUUAUUAAGCACCAUGGUUUCAACAUUAUCCACACCUCUGGGCUCGGAGAAUCAACCAGUACCUCCGGAAUCGACGAUUGCGAUAACAGUAGUGCCAUUAACCCAGCUGAUAGAAGACUGUUCCUCGUCGUCUACGACAAUUAAAAAGAUGUUGCAUUCUUGUUUGGGAUCAACAAUCAACCGAACUUUAGAACUGUUGCCAUAUAUGAUAAGAUGUCAAAGUAUAUGCGAGAUUUUACUCAGCUUCCUGCAUUCAGUGUUCUCAGUAUUACAGCAACAAUUGGGGGCAGAGUUUACUCAGAAUGCGGUUCAAGGAAUGCUGCACAUUUAUACUAGGGAGAAUAUAUCUGCGGGGCCCGCGUUAGACCAGUUAUUAGAGAUUUUAAUAUUGGUCGUGUCAGCGCCCAGCAGCGCAUUUAAAGCAUUUGUACCUUCGGUGACCAGUUUAUGUUUGGGACAAGUGUGGCCAGCGGUCGGAAACGACCUCAGCGCGCAUCCGGAUACCACACUUGUUUUAUUAAAAUUAUUCCAUAGUAUUUUAAUGCACCGAUGGCAAUACUUCUACAACACUUCCGUUCUACGAACUCUCGGCCAUACUGAUGAGGAAGAAACUGUUGAACAUAAGGAGGAAUUGGUAGCCAUCUUGGAAGCUUUCGGCCAAGCUCUUCUUCAACCUGAUGUGAACAUAUUCCGACAAAGUUUACAGAGUCUCGAACAAUUAAACUUACGAUGGCGACUUUAUCAGAGAGCCGUGUUCAAAGUGCAUUUGCUAGAGAGGUUCUUGAUGGCGUUGUUCACCGUAUUAUUCCAACAGUCUCACAAUUUAUUAGCAGACGAAAUCGCUGCUGCCAUUCAUAGCUUAGCUUCUGUAAAUAUAGCAUGGUUCUUUGGACACUUCCUGCCGACAUUUUUAGCAGGAUGCGAGGGAGUAGAUGAUAUGCAGAAAGCUACAUUGUUAGGGAACUUUGACAAGUCCACGGAUCAACCAACGUUGACAAGGUCAGUGCUCCAAUUGAUUUCUGACCUAAGAUGCUACCAAUUUUGUCGACCCGGUUGAACCAGUUACAUUCCAGUGGAGACAAGGAUUCAUAAGAUUAAACGUGAUUUUAACCAGCUGUAAAGUUUCGACACAUCAACGUUUUUAACGAAUCUCCCUUCUUUGUAUCUAGUUACAAAUAUCAAGUGUUUUCUACUGUGCAAUGAAAGUGGACAUGAAGUUUUUGAAGUCAUCAAUCAUUCUGUAGAAAUCACUGCUGUAUAGAAAUGUUGACAUUGUUGUUACAGAACAAAUCGCGACCUUUUUUUACAUUUCAGUUGCCAUCCACGUACUUCCUACUCUUCGGUAUGGUUCGAAGCAUUUUAUCGAGAUGUUCUUCCGAUGAGAAGAAAAUACGAACACGCGCGAAUUUUCUAUAUAAAUAUUAAAUGUCAAUUUACAUCGUUUUCGAAAUAACAUUGUAAUUAAAGUAUAAUGUACAAGACUAA